CUCAUCAUCCACAUCCACUAUGAAUCCACAUCACCAUGUUUCCACUUCCAAUCUCUUCAUGCCAGAAAAAGGAAUUUCUCCCCACCAGGGUGGAAAUUCUGCCAUUAACUACCCACCUACUUCUAUUUUAGGGGGAUACUCCCUAACAGAUAACCAGUUUCACAUUCGAUUGCCCAUCAAAGAAGACAUGGGUGAACCAAAGCAUGACCAUGCCAAAGUAGAUUUGUAUUCCAUGGCGGAGGAUAAAACUGGCUUAGGGGUCAUGAACUCUUUUCCUGACUCUGGAGAUCAGACCAGUCCUAUAACACCCGUGCCAAGGUCUACACCACAUAUCCAUCCAUAUCGUCCCUCCGCAAAUUCGGGGGACGCAAUGCUCAGUGCCAUUAACUACAAUGAAAACGAAAUCUUACAAGACGGACCAUUCGAUGUGUCGGUGGCAGGGACCCUUCCAAAUCUGGAUGAUGGCAUGAUUCUACCCAACAUGGGGACACAGGAUCUGUUUGAUGGGGAGGGUAAUAUGGAUGAGCCGUACGACAUGGACGAGACGUUUGGAGAUCCGAGUCCCGGGUUGGUGGGUGAAGGCAAUCUGGGCUCUGUUAUCGACCCUGAUGGUCUCAGCAUAGACCCCAGACUUGCUGAGGGAGUCAGUAAGAAGAAAAUAAAGGCCAAACAGAUGAAAACUCCUCCCCAAGGAUCCCCCGGUCGCAACUCCAACCUUCUGAUGUGUACUACGUGUAACAAAUCAUUUAACAACACUAGUGCCUUGGCAAAGCACAGACUUACUCACAGUGAUGAAAGAAAGUAUGUCUGUAAUUUGUGUCAGAAGGCCUUUAAAAGACAGGAUCACUUAAAUGGUCAUCUGAUGACACACAGAGAGAAGAAACCGUAUGAGUGCACUGUGGAGAACUGUCAGAAGAGUUACUGUGAUGCUCGAUCACUGCGGCGUCACCUGGAGAAUCACCACAACCAAUCUCCAGAGCAGAUCCAGGAGGCUAUAGCUAAAGUGGCACAGAAUGCAGCAGCAGUGAUAGCCGCUGCAGCUGCCUCCAACACCGCCUCCAUCAAAGCUUCUGUCACCUCCACACAAACCAGCCCAGGGAGUGGCAGUGCCUCUUCUGCAAUAUCAGGCAGUUCUGUGGGAAAUCAGAGUAUCCAUAGUGAUGUAACAUUACCAGCUAUUGAGGGAGGGGGUUAUAGUUCACAGUAUGCAAGUGAAAGUUCUACUCCUGUGACAAGCCCCACUUACGGUGUGCCGCAUGCACCACAAACAGCUUUUCAGUAUGAGCAACAGCAACCACAAGGAGGAGGUCAGGGUGGCCAACAAGGGGGGUUGGGAGAGCUAGAACAACAACAGGUGCAGGUCUCGCAACAGCAGGCAGUGCAGGAAUGGCAGCUUAAGUUGCAACAGGAACAAGAACAGCAGGCAGCCCAGGCCUUGAAAGAACUUCAACUAAUGAAAUUGCAACAGCAACAACAGUUUUCACAGCAACCUAUGUCAUCAGAGUCUGCAAUGUUUGGAAUGCUUGAAUCACAACAGCAACAUGCGGAUCAGCAGGCAGUGCAUGACCUGCAGCUGAAAAUCCAACAACAGCAACAAGCUGCACAACAGGCUCAAAUGCAACAGCAGCAGCAGCAGGUCUCCCUGGCAUCUCAGCUGCAACAGACGCAGCAAGCCCAGUUGCUGCAGGCUUCACAAAUGCAGCAACAAGCUCAAGAGCUUCAGCAUCAGUUACAGAUGCAGCAACAACAGCUGCAGGCUAUUGCCAAGGAAGCUAUGGAUUCUCAAGGAAUGCAGCAGUCAGUAGGAUUUCCAGGCCAAGCCUGGCAGGUGUCUUCACUGAAUCCUGGGGUAAAGCAGGAAGCAAUGCCUCCAAGUUCAGGGGAGGAACAAUCAUCUAAUUAUCUAGGGCAAGUCAGCCCAAUCAGCCCAGCCCCGGCCCAGAUACCAAAUGCAGCCCGCUUGAUCAACCCCUUGAGUGGUGGUUUACCUCGUGGAUUCCAACCAAAUGGGAACGACCAAAAAUUAAUGGAUGAAUCAAGACCUGUUGUUUGCAACAUAUGUGACAGAAAAUUUAAAAAUAUUCAAGCUUUAAAUGGACACAUGAGAUUGCAUGGUGGAUACUUCAAAAAGGAAGUAAAAGAAGAUAAGAAAACAAAGAAGAUGAAUCCAAUGGUAGCCCCUCCCUCACCUGUGGGGCAAAAACCAGGGCUUCCUGGACAGCCAUUCCAGGGGACCAUGGAUCAAGUCGUGUCCUCCCCAAAUCAACACAACCAAAUGCAAUAUACCUUACAGUCACCGGUACCUCCCGACUCCCCAAUGUCUGACUCCCCUGGCAUGUACAAAACAGCCCCUCCCACCCAACCACAAUACUGGGAUCAACUUCAGGAACAACAGUUACAGCAACUUUUACAGCAGGAACAACAACAAAUACAGAGUAGCUUAGAGCGGCAACAAAAACAGCCUCUUCCUCACAAUAUUCUUCAGCGCCAAGGCUCGAUGGAGACUACAGAGUAUAGUUAUGAUAAUGUACAACCAUCAGUCACUCAGAUGCAUGCUCAGAAUGCACCACAUCAAGCAGUGAGUGCAAUGGAAACUCAGGAAUAUUCCAGCAACCUGGCAGCUCAGGUACAGCAACUUGUGCAGCAACAGCUCCAGCAACAAGAACAGCAACAAAGGACAGUUGAGAAUUUUAGUUCUCCGAUUCGAAAUUCUCACAUCAAUCUGAAUUCAUUACCCAAUCCAAUGAAUCCUUCAAAUGUGCAGUCCUCAUCUAGUUCCCUUCAACCAAAAUUUGCUCAGAAUCAGUAUGGGUCUCAACAAAUUAAACAAGAAAGUGGAGGGUUGAAAGAGGCACCACUUGGUGACCCACUUUCCCAGCUUGCUUCCAGUCAUGUGACCUUGGUCUCAACCUCCAAGCAUCAUGGAAUGACAGUUGCUCAGCUGCUCAACAGCAUGGAAACAUCCGAAGGACUCAAACAGUUUGAGUUAGUGGAACCCACUGACUCUACAGGAAAUAGAAACAUAAAUAUUGGAAAGGCCAGUAGCUCACAAACUGUUCCAGGAGCAGUUGCUUCCAACCAUCCUACAUCUAUUUACCCUGGGAUGGGUCACUCUAACCCAUCAGAUUUAGGGAAGGUGAUGGAUUUUAAUUCAGCUUUAGAUGACAUUAAUAGCACUAUUGCCGAGCAUGAGAUGAGAGACCGCAGGAAGUCUGAGGAAGGGAGGGAUGUCAAGGCAGCAGAAAUCUAUCCAUUUUCAUUUCCAAAAGUGACGAUCACGGACACUGGGAAAGACAAAAGUGAUGUGAAAGAACCUCACAAAAUAGAGAAGGGUGAUAAACAUAAGGAGCUCAAACGCAGACUUUCAGGUAGUGAUUAUGAGAAACCAAAGAUAACUGUCAACUUUGCCACCCAGAAGUUUCCAACCAAAGAUGAGUCAUUUGUCAAACCCUCUCCGUCCAUCUGUAGUCCUGAGACCAAACAGCGAAUGAGAAGUAAAUCAGGAGACGAUUUUAAACUUCUUCGAUCGCAGAGUGUGGAUAACACGUUUAUGAGGCCAAGAAGCAGAACUGAAGCAUCUCUGCAUAAAUUUAAAUCCCACGAUGGGAAUUGGGACUCGUCAAAAUUAUCGAAGUCUGAUGGAGCAGGGCAGUUUAGGAACCCGAAUUCCCUGGGGACAUUAAAAAUGAGGAGGAAACACAGACCCUCUCCUCUCUUUAUACCAACCUAUCUCAACAAUUCGGGAUUUCAGAGCAGACUAAGGUCUCCAAGGAUUUUACCAGGGGAAUCCCGGGGAGGGAAUACACCACCUCCAUACACCCCUCCCCCCAUGUUGAGCCCCAUUCGGAGUGGCUCUGGACUUUUCUGCUCUUUGUCAGGGUAUAUACCAAUAACCCCAAAGUCAGCACCUUUGACCCCUAGGAAUUCUCUGCUGUUAUCAGCAAGAAGUGUUAGUUCCAUGAAGUCAGAUAUUGCGGACAUUGCUGAAGAGGAGGAACCCCAGCCAGAGGCGGCAGUAGAACCCCCACCAGAGACUGAUGUGCUACCGCAUGUGAAUAUUGGAAGUCCGUAUCAAGCAGAAAUACCUCCAUUUAAUGAAAAUAGAUCUGAAGCCAUGAAAGCAGAAUGUAAGGAAGAACUGGUUUGGACUCCAGCAUCCAUGGCUGAUAAUUCAGAGGAAGAUGUGCAAUAUUACCAGGAAUUCAGCUGUAGUGCUGGUGUUCCAGGAAAUGGGUGUAAUGUGGAAUAUGCCUUGCAUGUCCUCCACAUUCUGAAGGGCGAUAUCAAGGAAGCCAUGUUGAAGCUGAUGGAAGGAAAGGUCUCAUUACCAAAGAAACACACUCUGUUAGAUUAUAAAUAUCAGGAAACUGACCAAUGGUCCUCAGAAGAAAUUGAAAAAUAUCAACAAGCUCUGUGGAAGUGUGAUAAAGAUUUCUUUAAAAUAUCUAAAGAGAUUGGUACAAAAACAACAAAAGAGUGUCUUCAUUUCUAUUACCUGUGGAAAAAGGUGUGCCCAGAUGAACACAAGAGAUUGCGAAUCAUCCGACGGAAGCGAGAACAUGAUCGUCUGUACAAUCUCCGAUCUCAGCAAGCUGCAGUUCAAGCUCAAAAUCAACAAGCAGCAGCAGCAGAAAAUCCUAGUUUCCCAAAACCAGAGGAAAAUGAUCUUGUUGAGUCUGACUCGGAAUCUAUCGAGUCCAUGGACACAGACAAUCAGCCAGAUAAAGACGAUGUACGUUCUGUUUCGUCGUCUGUGAGUGCCUCACCCGUGCCUACCUAUACCUGUGAUUACCCAGACUGCUUUGCUAGUUUUACUUCUAAGCAAGGAUUGAACGGCCACAUUCGUAUUCAUGGAGGAGGGUUAACAACAAAGAACACCACAACGGAGAGUGGUGGAUCGCAGGAAGCACGAGGGGCGUCCCAAGAGGCUCGAGGCCCAGGACGACCAUCCACUAAAACCUCCAAACCCGCUAAACCAUCUCCUGUUAAUGAUGGGGAUGAACCAACAGAAGUAUUUCCUUGUAAACUCUGUGGAAGAGUGUUUCACAAAGUGAAGAGUAGAAGUGCCCACAUGAAAAGUCAUAGGAUGGCAGAGAAUGAGAAGAACAAAGUGAAACAGAAUAACAAUGUAGACAUAUCUUUAAAUUCAAUACAGGGCUCACCAUUUCGGUGAGUCUGGAACAUUUCUGGUGCUUUAACAGAAAGUGGCCUAUAUAUCCAGGCAGUCUACCGCUACAAAUUAUGGCAGCUUCUUAGAAAACGAGGAAGAAAAACAUCGUUUUUAUUUGUUUGUUUGUUUAUUUACAUUUAUGACAUUGGACCACAAGAGACAGGGUAAAUGAUUGAAAAUGCAGGAAAGGAAAGUCACUGUGUCGAUUUGAAUCUCAAAGAUUACGGGUGUCUGUGAAUUUUCCUUGGUAGAUUUGAAAGAUCUGCUUUGGCAUACCUUGACGUGGAAUCGAUUGGUGUUUGUAUAGAUAUAUUUUUUAUCAUUUGACUGCACUGUUUUUACCUCGGUAGUUAAAUCUUCAACAUUUUCUGCAUUUCACCAUCAUGAAUUGGGAAUUGUGUUUUCAGAACGUUACAGUUAUUUUGUUAUUUGUAAUCAUUUGUGUUUUAUCAUUAACUUGUUAAGUCACAACUUGUUAUGUCACCUGUGGAUUUUGUUUUUGUGUUGUUCAUAUGUAGUGUCUUGAAAAACACACGUAACUGGUCAUUUCUCCCACUCUACAGUAUUUGGCAUUAUUGAAAUUACAUAAUUUCCAAUUCAUCCUUCUUCAUUGUAGCCAUUUUUUUUAAAAAAAAAAUUUAAAUCAUGGGGAAUUAAUUUUUACCUUGAAAUGAUCAAAUUACUAAUUACAGGCUUUCAUUGUUCUCUGUAUUAUAUGUGGAAAGUUUGUAUUAUUUGAAUUGUGGGAAAUAAUUUCAAUUACUACAUCUUCCUGAGGACGGACACAGUUUCAGAAUUCUCAUUCCGUAGAGCUUGUUGUGGCAGAUGAUAUUAAAUAUCCGGUGAUCCAAGUUCAAAGUAUGCAGUCGGGUUUGUAGUGGCAGAGUCUUUGGUAAAGACGGAAAGGGUCCAAUGCUUCUUCUGUGAUUUUGUUACAUGUGAUUGGUCGAUCAUUAUGUGUCAUUGGCAUUCCAUGGAAGCUGAAAUGUACUUAUUUCAUGUUGUGUAAAGAGUUGUUUUUUUUUUGUUUCAGCAUGUUCAGAAAGCAUGAAGAAAAUGUUCAUGACAUGUUUUGACUGGGUUUUCUUUGGUACACUUGGGUAGAAUCAUUUUUAUGCCCCGCCAUGAAUAUGGCCGGGGCAUAUAGUGUUUGUCAUGUCCGUCUUCCGUCCUUCCGUCCUUCUGUCCUUCCGUCUGUCCUUCCGUCACACUUUGCGUUUAGCUCUGUUCAAAGCUCAGUUUCAAAGAAACUAUC